UACGGUAUCGCCCAACUCCGCUUAUGCUUACAAAAGACGCCAAAUGAGUUAUGUUGUGAAUUAAACAAAAAUCAAACAUGUCGGAUAGCUCCGACAUCGAGAUGCAGUCAGCAUUGCCAAAGAAAACAAAGAAGAUGCCAAAACAACCAAAAAGCCCAUCGGAAGAUCACUUAGCACAAGAACCCAAGAAAAUAAGCACCAAAGUGAUGAUUCACGAGGCAUUGAACGAGUUAAAAAAUCGAAAGGGCACUUCAUUGUACGCUAUCAAGAAAUUCAUCGCGGAAAAACACAAAGUUGACAUCGAAAAAAUUAAUUACAUCAUCAAGAAAUUGAUAAAAACCGGCGUUGAAACGGGGACCAUAGUGCAGACAAAGGGAGUCGGUGCUUCAGGGUCGUUCAAACUGGCGCCCGAGAAAAAAGUCGAAAAGAAAAAGCCGAAGAAGACAGAGAAGAAGAAAAAAGUAAACACAGAAAAAGCGGACACGAAGACAAACAAAGAGAAACCGGCCGCUAAAGUUGAGAAAACGAAGAAAUCUGAGAAGACUAAACCUGUGAAGACUUCAGAGCCCAAAUCGAAGAACACAAAAGAGAAAAGUGGCACAGACAAAGUAAAGAAAAUGGCGAAGGAAAAAAUGACACCUGCCAAAAAGCGCGCCGUUAUGAUGAAAAGAAAAAGCAUCGGGUCCAUCAUUAAACCGCCGAAAAUGAAGCCAAGAGGGAAAAGUUGAUUGUGAUAAAAGUGGAUGGUGUGAAUGACACGUGCAUUUGUUAGUUUUAUUAUGUAAUUGUUAAAUGUAUAAUAGACCCGAUGUAAGUAAUUAAUGUUUAAUAAAUAAAUGAUUAUUUUUAUGACAA